CUCCAUGUCCACUUUCGGGAAAAGACUGCAACCCAAAUUGCAAAAAUGGAACCUCCACCCCAAGAGCCAACCCCACCUUCCCCAACCUCAUCUCCCGAUUGCUCCCUCACCUUGGCACCAUCCUCUCACCUCUCCUCACCUUCCGGUCGUGACGCCAGAGACGUGAGGCUCUUCCCUUGCCUCUUCUGCAACAAGAAGUUCCUCAAGUCCCAGGCUCUCGGAGGCCACCAGAAUGCCCACAAGAAGGAGAGAAGCAUUGGAUGGAGCUCCCAACUUUACCUGCUACCGGACUCCACCCCCGCCAACUAUCCGAGCCCACCUCCCUUCCCCAUCGCGUCGCAUUCCUGCAAACCCUUCUCUCCCGGUCGUCGCUUCCCUGCCGACCUCCCUGAGAGCUUUGCUUCCUGUGGAGUCCCUCGCUUCGCCUCCGACCUCCCCUACCUGGCAACCAUGAGCACCAGCAGGGCAAUCUCCGCCGCCAGCGACCCCUCGGUUGGCUCCAGUGAGACAAUAGAUCUUCUCAACUGGCAGAGGGCCUCCCAUCCUCCCCAGGUUCCCGCCGCCGAUGAUAACAAGGAUCCCUCUUCAUCCACCCCUUGUGAUGAUGAAGAUAACACCAAGCUCGAUCUCUCCUUGAGGCUCUAGUACUCCAAGCCUAUGUGUCACCUGUUGUGUACGUCACUUGUGGAAUUUGAUUUCCAGACAGAUGUCGGCCUUUGUUUUCUUCUUAAUUGCUUUCUCCCCCGGCCCUUAUCAUCUUAUUGUUUGUUUUAGAUCUUCUAUUGUUGCUUUGGAAUUCUGGUUUGUCUUUCCAUGACUGUAA